AGGCGCUGAUACAUUGUAGCAGGCGGAGCGGCGCCUGUAGCGAGUCGCCCUGCGUUGCCAAUCGGAGCCGAGCCGAGCCGGGCUGGGCCUGGACUGCAGCGAGGGCUGUCACCGCCGACCCGGCUCCCUGACACGGCGGGGAUGGAGGAGGCAAGCCCGGGUGUCCCGGCCGGGCCUCAGCCGCAGCCCCGGGAGCUGGAGAGAGGGCUGUGCUCCCGGCUCCGCGGCAGGGCCAAGUGCAGGAGCCUGUCCGCUUCUCCCGCACUCAUCGCCAGCAAAGUGUCCAGGAGGACCCAGUCACUACACGGGCCAAGCCCAGCCACAAAGUUUGGACCAAAAGCUUGCAUGGUGCAGAACCCAACGGCUGUGAUGCACAUUCAGGAUCCAGCCAGCCAAAAGCUGACGUGGAAUAAACCUCCCCGGAGCAUCUUAGUCAUUAAAAAGAUCCAAGAUGAACGGUUGCUUCAACCAUUUAAGGAACUGUGCAUCUUCCUCAUGGAGGUAAAAGAAAUGAUUGUUUACGUAGAAAAGAAAGUACUAGAAGACCCUACCAUCGCUAACGACGAGAGCUUUGGACAACUUAAGAAAUUAUGCACUUUUAGAGAAGGCUUCGAUGAUUUGUCGGAUCGGAUUGACUUUAUAAUUUGCCUCGGAGGUGAUGGCACUUUGCUUUACGCGUCGUCUUUGUUCCAGGAUAGUGUUCCACCUGUGAUUGCUUUUCAUCUCGGCUCUCUGGGAUUCCUAACGCCAUUUAACUUCGACACCUACCAGUCACAAGUCACGCAAGUCAUUGAAGGUAACGUGGCCAUCACCCUGCGGAGCCGUCUCAAGGUGAAGGUGACGAAGGAGAACCGCCCGGGCCACCCGCGGGCAGUGGAGGAGAACGGGCUGAUCGACACCAGGUGCGGGGACGGCCUCCUGAGGAAGCGAACCACCCACUACCAGGUUCUGAAUGAAGUUGUGGUUGACCGUGGUCCUUCUUCAUAUCUCUCCAACGUGGACUUGUUUCUGGAUGGUCGUCUCAUAACUACUGUACAAGGAGAUGGAGUGAUCGUCUCGACUCCUACGGGGAGCACGGCCUACGCGGCAGCGGCGGGAGCUUCCAUGAUUCACCCCAACGUGCCGGCCAUAAUGAUCACGCCCAUCUGUCCACAUUCCCUGUCCUUCCGGCCGAUCGUGGUCCCGGCAGGAGUGGAGCUGCAGAUCAUGCUGUCGCCAGACGCCAGGAACACUGCCUGGGUCUCCUUUGAUGGGCGGAAGCGUCAGGAGAUCUGUCACGGGGACAGCAUCUCCAUUACUACCUCCUGCUAUCCGGUGCCCUCGAUAUGCUUCAGGGACCCGGUGAACGACUGGUUCGAGAGCCUGGCCGAGUGUUUGCACUGGAAUGUGAGGAAGAAGCAGAGCUACCUGCCCGACAUGGAGGACGACUGACCCCGGGGGGACCUCGGGCAGAGGUGGCUCCUGCUCGCCAGAACUUUGCAAAGAGCAUUCCGACAAAUACUCAAGAACCUGAUUUCUUCCUGUGUGCCUUGAACGUAAAAGCCAACUUCACGGCUCCUUCUUGCGUUCGAUUUCCGGUUUGGAACCGUUGAGGUUUGGACACGCAAGACUUUGGUCGAGUGUUUGAAGCCCCCAGAUUCGGACAACGCAGCGUGGCGUCCCGGGUGUAACGACAAACUCCUCUAAUGCGACGAGAAUGAUUCACAAAGACACCGAUCAAAUUCUGCGUCAUAUCAGGACCUUGCAAACGGCUCAUAGACUUGGUCUCUUCGGGUCGCUCUGGUGAUGCACUGGAGCCAGGGUUCACCCUGAGGGGUUGGGUUCAGUGCCUGGGCAGACAACUGCUGUUGGCAGAGUGGCCCUGUGGCACUCCGCACCAAGCUCCCAUUCAGAGCUAUCGGGUGAUGUGGCUGCUUCUCCGGCCCUCCCCCCCCACCCCCACCCCCCAUCCUCCCCAGAUGGGAACCCGAGGUCAGGCACUGCCGGGGACCUGGUGUGGAGAUGGGCCCGGCGUUUACCAAACCCGCACCUUGUCGGGGCUCCAUUUUUCUAAAAUGUUUCUUGACUUUGUGAAACCCAGAGUCCGGAAUGCCUAAGAGCACUGAGAUACCUUGAGGACAUUUUGAUUGUCAGAGGCAAUAAAACAUAAAUAUAUUCUUUAAAGAUUGAGGACCCUACGGUCAUUAUAUCAGAAUUUAUUACAAAUAAAUCUAAAUUAGCUGAAA